AUGAACCGGAGAAAAGCCGCUGGGAAAGGCGACCUGGCGAAGCUGAUAUGGUGCUUCAUUGGCGUGGUUGGCAUGCUCAUCGUGUACGGCAUUGGCCAGGAGCAGAUAAUGAAGUUCCCGUACGGUGACAGGGACGAGGACUCGGAGUACUUCCAGCACUCGCUCUUCAUCGUGCUCUGCAACCGCCUCAUGACGUGCGGUGUGGCAGUCAUCGUGCAUCUGGUGAGUCAGUCAGUGCCCUUUGAGUCAACUCUUUAA